AUGGGAUGCGCCCAACUGAGACAAGAUCUCUGGGAGCCCCGAGAGAAAGCAGAAGCGACUCUCCACAAGGUCCAACGCGGGUGGGAUUCCCUCGUCAUCGAGAGAUUUGCGCAAGUCGGCAUACGACCCGUUCCAACACGCCUAUACAAUCGACAAACUCAUCCGGAGCUACCUUCGAUGACGGUAACACUAACAACAAGACACCAAGAAUCAUGGAGCUAUAGUAUCCCCAACCUGGAGCCAGAAUUGGCCGAGCUGGAUCGGCUGUUAUUGUCCGAUUGGGAUAUUGAAAAAGAACGUCCGCUCAGUUUCGCACGGCCCGAAAGCUGGGCUUCAUGGCGCAGUCUCCCUUUCGUCCGUCCCAGUGUUCUUUUGGUGUUUGGCAGCCGGAGUUAUCUCUCAUUGCCUAAGGCUCAAGAUGCCAAGAUGCUUACAACCGGGACAGGUGUUGGUGGUAGCGGUGGCGCUGCACACAGGAUGGUCGAGAAGGUUGUGCUUGACGCUUCACACACAGUAGUGCUUGAAAAGAUCAAUGAGUGUGCGGAAGUGGCGGCUGAUUGGAUUCAGCAUUGGUAUCAGAGUUGGUUGGCGGAUGAGAGGGGCAUGGCUGAGUACAAGAGUAAUAGGUCGGAUGCAGAUAUGAUCAGAGCUUUGGAUGGUAGUAUUCAGGUGGCGAGGAUGAAGCUAGGAUCGUAA